ACCGCGUGUUAAAAUUUGGAUGUUAUAUUUGUUUCAAGCUAUUUUAGAAUCCAUAUUUGCCUUAAUAUUUUUCACACUCAAUAUUUGUUAUAUAAAUGACUUAAAAGAGACAAUGAAAUGUACAGUGGCACAGCAUAUUCCGGUUCCUCAUGACUAUUUCAUUUGUUCACAUAGCCUUGCGCCCGCAUUUCGUUUGGGGGUGUAUAUAUAUAGUUCAGUGCUUGGGCUUUGCCUUCUGACUUACAUUUACAUAACAGGAUGGACAGUCGUAAAGGUGAGGAAAAACAAAUGCGAAUAUAACUUCAAAAAAGAAAAGUUACCUGCACUGGUAGGGGAAAAAUUGUCUGAUAUGAAUUCUGUGAACGGAGAUUUCGGUUUUCUUCUCCACCUAUUGCACUCUUAUAGCAAGUUGUAUGUUGUUCGAUUAGCCCACUAUUUAUCAAAAAGCAACAAGAAAAAAACGCUAGCAGAGUUUUUAAAUAACAAAUACCAUGUUUCAAAGUUAAAAAGACUACUUAGAAAAAAUGAGAAAAAAAUCACAUUUAAUAGACUUCGUGGAAUACCGCAAACCAUAUUUCAGCUAGGCACCGAAAUUGUUACACUGGAAUUGAAACAAUGUGAACUAGAAAUUGAGGACUUUGAUAAUUUCUACCAACUUACUAGUUUGCGAAAGUUAUCUGUUAUUGAAUGUGGUCUUCAGUGCAUUCCGGAUGGUAUUUUGAUGAUGGAUUGGCUGGAAGAAUUAAAUCUUAAAGGAAAUUCGAUAACAUUAAUUGAUGAAAGGGUGUUGAGUCUGAAGUAUCUGACUAGUUUGGACUUAUCAAAAAAUAAAAUAAAAACCAUAAAGGCAGGAUCACUGGAGCAACUGAAAAAUCUUUUCACAGUUGACGUUACAGGCAACUCAGGAUUAGGAAUACCUGGAUUAAAGGUUAUACUGGCUUGUGAAAGAUUGUGCAUUUUGCGCUGUUCUAAUAAACUUUCAGAUAAAAGGAACGAUUUGAAUAAAACAGAGCGAGAGAAAUUUGACGCAGUCACAUCUGCUAAGAUAGAAAGUUUUGUCAUUCCAUACACUCCAGAAAAGGCUCCUCAUAUCGAUGUUCAAAAUACUCAGAAAAAUUAUAAAAUGAAUUCGCAACCUAAAGGAGUAGCUAUUAUUAUUAACAUUAGGUCAUUCAGUAAAGACAUUUACCCUUAUCGACGAGGUAGUGAGAAAGAUGUUGUCAAGUUAAAGGCAUUAUUUGAAAACAUUGGCUUUGACACUGUAUGUAAUCCUAUAGACUAUACAGCUGAGGAGGCCAAGAAAUUCCUUAAAGAGUGUGCAAAAGAGAGGAAGUACGAAAGUUGUGAUUGCAUUGUUGUGGCUGUGAUGACUCACGGUAAUGAUGUAGGUCUUAUUUUUCAUGACGGCGAAGAGGUUCCUGUUCCGGAAAUCGUCGAUUGUGUUCAAAUGUCUUCACUGUAUGACGGAAAGCCAAAGUUGUUUUUCCUCCAGUGCUGUAGAGGGCAAAAAAAGGCACGUGGGCGUACCACUUUUAGUAAUGUUCCAGUAAAAACUUCAACCGAUCGCGAUUUGACGCAUUCCACUGAACUCCACGCUGGUGUAACUGCGACUGAUUCUGUACCUGCUUAUUCUGAAAAAAGCGAAACUGAUGCGUCACCAACACCACAUGUUAUGUUUGAAGCUGAUAUACCAAACGGCGCCGAUGUUUUGUUAUCGUAUUCAACAAUGCCAGGCUAUGCGUCAUUCCGUAACGUCUCCAAAGGUAGCUGGUAUGUGCAAGUAUUAGUCGAGACGUUCUCCCAACACGCUUUUGAGGAAGAUGUUCUGAGUCUGCUUACAUUGGUAAACUACGAAGUCGCUCGUGCCUACACUUCUGCUAAAUGGAGGCAGGUACCAUGUCCGCAAAGCACUUUAACGAGAAAACUAUACUUACUUCCUGGUUAUCCAAAGCCCAAGCAGAUUAAAUCUGACCAGCGUAAUACAUAUGUGUAACGUACAAUGGCGGUUUCAUUGUUUCCUGAUAUGAUGGUUCAUGUCAAGAUUAUUGUACAGGAAAGCAAAUAUAUAAACAAGAAAAACAAUUUUAGCGACUGUGUAAAUGAACAAGUAGUUUACUCUCUGAAUAUAGCAAUUAUAACUAUCGAAAUCAUAAUUUAUGUAUGGAUCGGACAGUUUACAAUCGGUUUGAACGUUAUUAAUUAUUUCGUAGUUUAGCAAUUGUAGUGUAGAGUCAUUUCAUGGAAAAUGAAGUUCUUGCCAAUAAAAUACAUAAUUGAGUAAUUAGGGUCACCCUGAGGGUAGGAACAUC